GAGAGAGGAACCCAAAAUCGAGCAGAGGCUAGUUCGGGGCGUGAGCGUCAAAUCUACAUAUCCUCUCUCUCUCUCACAUCCAUAGAUUCGAUUCCAUCGCCGAUCAUUUCUGCUCCUUCAAUCUCUCAUUCUCAAUAAUGCUCCCUGAUUUUCGAGACUGAUUCUAAGCGAGAGUGAUUAUUAUGAUCCUGGGUUUUGUUCUAGGAGCUCUGUUUUGACGACCCUCUCCUUCAAGUUUGCAUCUUGGUUUCCUUUUGAUUUUUAAGUGGAUUGGCUUUGAGCUGCCAAGAAAUGGAUGGAGAUGCAUUUUCUGGGGCACAAAUAGAUGGGAGGGUAUUGCAGACAUUUCAGAAAAGCUUUGUGCAAGUUCAAAAUAUUUUGGAUCAUAAUAGGCUGCUGAUUAGUGAGAUUAAUCAGAACCAUGAGUCCAAAAGCCCGGAUAAUUUGACCCGAAACGUUGGACUGAUUAAGGAACUAAACAACAACAUCAGAAAGGUUGUCGAUCUCUACGCUGAUCUAUCGACCUCCUUCUCUAAAUCCAUGGAUGCUUCUUCCGAAGGCGAUUCUACCGGUCACAAGAGGCACAGGCCUUACUAGAAAUCUAGAAUGGCAAGACUUGAUUUUUCAUGGGAAAAGGAAUCAUAGAUAUCUGUAGUGAGAUUAAUUCUUUGUCCUAAUUAAUGUCACUGCUAGAAAUAAUUCUUCAAAAAAGGGAAAAGGCUCUGCUGUUGUUAAUGUGUAUGCAGAUGUACUUGGAAGUUGGAGGAAGAAUGUUUGUAACUUUGUAUCUUCUGAUCUCCUGUUCUAGUUGUUCUUAUGCUGGACAACUUAUUGCCUUAAGUAAAAUUCUGAGGCUAUUAAAAUUGGGAUAAUGUGCAAUUUUUCAAUCCAUUAAUUGAUAAUCUUGGUUUUCUCUUCUAAACAUGCAGCAAUAUGUUGACUAUUGUAAAAAGGUCUUUCUAUGUCCCUUUAAUAAUAGUUUUCUAAUAUUUGUUUUAAAUUUA